AACCAGAACUCGGGUGCAGUUCUCGUGCCGUUUGUAUCUAAAGCUUUUGCAAAAUCAUCUCUUCGAAAAAAUGGUCUACCCCACCCUUACCAUUCUACCUUUCGGUAGAAGAGAUUUCUAGGGUUCUUCCGCUCGCAGAGAUUGAGAGGGAGAUCAAGAUUUUUUGGUCCUUGCAUAUACCGAAUCGGAACCCUAGUUCUGUGAACAAAAGCCAUGGCUCGUCACAGAGACGAUGAUGAAUAUGUUGAUGAGUACGAUGAAGAGGACGCUGCGGCGGAGUUAGACGAGGAGGAGGAGGAAGAGGAGGAGCGAGGAGGCCGAGGAGGAAGUUCGAGGCGGAAGCGGACGAGAUCGGGUUUCAUCGAUGACUAUGCGGAGGAGGAUUCCGAGGAGGAGGAAGAUGAAGAUGAUGAUUAUGGAGGUCGUGGAGCAAGGGGAAAUAAGAAGAAGAAGAAGACUUCGGCUUCCAUAUUUUUGGAUGAAGAGGCCCAGGUGGAUGACGAUGAGGAAGAGGAAGAAGAAGAAGGAGAGGAUGAUUUCAUAGUGGAUGGUGGAGCCGACAUACCUGAUGAAGGUGUUGGUAGACGACUUCAUGAUCGUAGGUUUCUUUCUCGUGAAGAAAACGAAGAGGAUGUUGAAGAUCUUGAAAGGAGGAUUCAAGAGAGGUAUUCUAGGCAUCAUGCGGAAUAUGAUGAGGAGGCCACUGAUGUUGAGCAACAGGCUCUUUUGCCGUCGGUCCGUGAUCCGAAAUUGUGGAUGGUGAAAUGUGUGAUUGGCCGUGAAAGGGAGGUUGCUGUUUGUCUUAUGCAAAAAUUCAUUGAUAGAGGAUCAGAUUUGCCGAUCAGGUCUGUUAUUGCACUUGAUCAUCUGAAAAACUAUAUAUAUGUUGAAGCAGAUAAAGAAGCUCAUGUGAAAGAGGCCAUCAAGGGAAUGCGGAAUAUUUAUCAUAGUCAAAAGAUUUUACUUGUUCCUAUAAGAGAAAUGACGGAUGUUCUCUCUGUUGAAAGCAAAGCAAUUGAUCUAUCACGAGAUACCUGGGUUAGAAUGAAGAUUGGAACAUAUAAAGGGGAUCUUGCUAAGGUUGUUGAUGUAGAUAAUGUGCGUCAGAGGGUCACGGUGAAGUUGAUCCCGAGGGUCGAUAUGCAGGCUCUGGCUAAUAAGUUGGAAGGGAGAGAAGUUGCAAAGAAAAAAGCCUUUGUUCCACCUCCCCGUUUCAUGAAUAUUGAUGAGGCGAGGGAAUUGCACAUUCCUGUCGAGCGCCGGAGGGAUCCAAUUACUGGCGAAUACUUCGAAAAUAUUGGUGGCAUGCAAUUCAAAGAUGGUUUCCUGUACAAAACAGUGUCGAUGAAGUCAAUAACUGCCCAGAAUGUUACACCGAGUUUUGAUGAGCUUGAAAAAUUCAAUAAACCGAGUGAAAAUGGGGAGAGCGACAUUGCUAGUCUGUCAACUUUAUUUGCAAACAGAAAGAAGGGGCAUUUCAUGAAGGGUGAUGCAGUUGUUGUCAUCAGGGGUGAUCUAAAAAAUUUGAAAGGAUGGGUUGAGAAAGUGGAUGAAGAGAAUGUUCAUAUCAGACCAGAAAUGAAAGGCCUCCCUAAAACCAUUGCUUUAAACGAGAGAGACCUUUGUAAAUACUUCGAACCUGGAAAUCAUGUGAAGGUUGUUUCUGGCACCCAUGAAGGAGCGACCGGCAUGGUUAUCAAAGUUGACCAGCAUGUGCUUAUCAUUCUGUCUGAUACAACAAAAGAAGAUGUCCGGGUGUUUGCUGAUCAUGUUGUUGAGAGCUCAGAAGUGACAACAGGUGCUACCAAAAUAGGAGACUAUGAAAUCCAUGACCUUGUGCUUCUGGAUAAUCUGAGCUUUGGGGUAAUCAUACGACUGGAAAGCGAAGCUUUCCAGGUUCUUAAAGGGGUCGCAGAGAGACCGGAGAUCGUUCUUGUCAAACUCAGAGAAAUCAAGUGCAAAAUUGAGAGGAAAUCCGAUGCACAAGAUCGAUACAAAAAUACCGUCUCCGUGAAAGAUGUUGUCAGAGUCAUUGAGGGUCCUAGCAAAGGUAAGCAAGGUCCAGUGAUGCAUAUUUAUAAAGGGAUCUUAUUUAUAAAUGACCGUCAUCACCUUGAGCAUGCUGGAUUUAUCUGCGCUAAAUGUACGUCAUGUGUUGUUGUUGGAGCACCACGUCCCGGUACUGAUAGAAAUGGUGAUUCCAUGUCAAGGUUUGGCACUUUCAAGACACCGGCCCCAGUGCCCCAAUCUCCUAGGAGAUCUCAACGAGGAGGCAUGGGAUAUAACUCGGGAGGGAGACAUAGAGGAGGAAGAGGGGGUCAUGAUGCGUUGGUGGGUACCACCGUGAAAAUCCGACUGGGUCCUCACAAGGGAUAUAGGGGUCGUGUAGUGGAAGUCAAAGGCCCGUCAGUACGGGUGGAACUCGAGUCUCAGAUGAGAGUUGUGAUAGUUGACCGGAAUGCAAUAUCGGAUAACGUGGUUGUGACACCGAUGAGAGACACAUCUCGGUAUGGUAUGGGAAGUGAAACGCCUAUGCAUCCUUCUCGGACACCUCUUCAUCCAUAUAUGACUCCGAUGCGGGAUUCUGGAGCUACACCGAUCCAUGAUGGGAUGAGAACCCCCAUGCGUGAUAGAGCUUGGAACCCAUACACGCCCAUGAGUCCACAUAGGGAUAGUAACUGGGAAGAAGGGAAUCCGGCGUCAUGGGGAACAAGCCCUCAGUAUCAGCCCGGAAGUCCUCCUUCUCGAGCCUAUGAAGCACCGACACCUGGCUCCGGAUGGGCUAGUACCCCUAGCGGUAGUUACAGUGAUGCCGGGACACCAAGGGACAACAGUUCCGCCUAUGCCAAUGCCCCGAGUCCUUAUCUUCCAUCUACGCACGGGCAACCCAUGACGCCAAACUCGGCAUCUUACUUGCCCCGCACUCCAGGAGGACAACCUAUGACUCCUGGAACCGGUCUUGAUGUCAUGUCCCCUGUUAUCGGUGGAGAUGCCGAAGCGUGGUUUAUGCCUGAUAUUCUGGUAGAAGUGCACAAGGCUGGAGAGGAUACCGAUGUGGGAGUCAUUCGAGAUGUUCUUCCGGACGGGUCGUGUAAAGUGGCGAUGGGGUCAGGCGGGGAAGGGGAGGCCGUGUUGGCCCUCCCGAACGAAAUGGAGAUAGUGCCGCCGAGGAAGAACGACAGAGUGAAGAUAGUAGGAGGAUCGUAUAGAGGGUCGACUGGUAAACUAAUAGGGGUUGAUGGGUCCGACGGUAUCGUUAGGUUAGAUGACAGCCUUGACGUCAAGAUUCUUGAUUUGGCUCUCUUAGCUAAAUUAGCCAUAUGACCCUAAACCCUUUUGCCAUGGUUGAAAAUCCUUUUGUUUCUUUCUGUAUAUCAAUUUCUUAUUUUUGUUUGGUAUGAAUUUUAGGGUUCUUUGGGUUUACACCGUAAUCGAGCUUUGUAUGUACGGUCGUCUUCUUCUUUCUCUCCGUUUCUAAAACCUAAUUUGUCUCUCUCUCUUUUUUCCAUUAGGAAAUUGUGGGCAAACCAAUAAAAAAUGUAAAAAUAUCAUCUAUUUUUAUUCCUAUGCACUGCCUCUCUUUGUA